UAAUGAAAAGAUCAUAGAACAUGGCAUCAGAACUGCCUGAGCAGUAGGACCAGAAUAAAUCAGAUUCAGGACUUACCUGGCAAGACCCUUUUCCUCCCAAUUUGCCAAAAAGAUAAAUUACGGAGUGACUGGUUUUCCUGGGAACAGGAUACGCCAUUGAAGGAAUUCCACAGUGUCUCCACCCCUAGCCCUUCCUGGGGAAGCCCAACCUGGCAGCUGUAUAAAUAGGCACCUUGCAGCUUCCUGCUCCAACCCUCCCCUUUCUCUCUCCAAAAUGGACAAGUCCCUUCUGCUAGGACUCCCCAUCCUGCUCUGCUGCUUUAGAGAUCUGCUCUCACUUCUAUUUCCCUACUCUCUGGCCCAAAUUAUAGAAGUUGUUCAGUGCAGGAUGUGCCACCUCCAGUUUCCAGGAGAGAAGUGUUCCAGAGGCAGAGGAAUAUGCACUGCAACAAAGGAAGAGUCUUGCACAACUGGGAGGAUUUUCAAAAAUGAUGGUACUCCCUGGUUAACUUUCAUGGGCUGCCUAAAGAACUGUGCUAAUGUGGACAACAUAAAAUGGAGUGUCUAUUUGGUGAACUUCAGGUGCUGUAGGAGCCAUGACUUGUGCAAUGUACACCUCUAGAAAAUGCUCGUCCUUCUGUGGCUCCGAUCUCUGAGUGACAUUGUUGCCUCGGACUCUUCACAACGAUUUCUUUAAAAAGCACAUUUCAGAUUGCAAACACAUGGCUCUGCCUUCUGCAGAUUCUCUGUCUUGGCCCUUAGGGGGGGAAACACCCUGAGAGCAAGAUCAAUAUAUCUCACAGGCUGUUACAAAACCUAGUGCUUUCACUGUAUACCUAAGUUGCUUCACAAAAGGAAGAAGAAAAUAGAUUCUUUUCCCUCCUUCUUCUCUUUCUUCUGCAGCAAAAUAUUUUCAUAUUUUUUAAUGUUUUUUUCUCUCAAUAUUGUUCUUUAUAUCCCACUCCAAUUAAAGCAUAUGACCCUGGCCUCAUGGGGUGGGAUGUGGCAAAGUAAAAAGAGAUGGCUUGAGUCUUCUUGAAUUUUGUUUAUGAAUGCCGUUCCCAGAGUGAGCAAAAGGGCAGAACAUAGAAAGGAAUUUGCACGAGAACUAUGAAAAGAGAAAGAUCUCUGCCUUCUAGAAUGAGACUCUCUUUGCGGUUGGGAGUUGGAGAAAAAGAGGAGGAGGCAUCCAUUCUAGAGAUAGUACUUGCGCUCCGCUUCCCUGGCAAAGUCACAGGAAGACACCAACCUCUAGAUAGGGAAGAGCUGUAGGAUGCUUCCAAGGAGAUGAGACCAGAAGCAGCCGCACAGAUAUUCCCAUGCCUGAAUCAAUUCCCAUGCCUGAAUCAUGGCGUGGAAGAAGCUGAGAUCUAUGGGACCUGAGGAAGCCAAGCGGGUCUUGGCUACUAGACAUCUCAACAGCAGCCUCUGUGGAGAGCUGUCCCCAUGACCAGAUGCCUCACCCCACCCUCCAGCUCCAUCUCACACACACUCAGGACUUUCACUAUGAAUAGUUCUAGCACACUGGGGAAAAGUAGGGAUUGGAAUGAGCAUGCUCACGAGAAUUGAGACUGACUGCUAAUAAACUGGUAGGAUGAGGCCUGGAAGGGAUGAUUAAUUGAUAUUAUAAAAAUAUCAUAAAGAAAGUUACAUUUCUUCUAUACCCAUAUUGUGUUUUCUUCUUUCUCUCCCCUCCAAACCCUUCCUUUAUUUCUUUAACAAACAUUUAUUUAAAACA